AUGUCGAGCCACACUAAUGGUUUUAACGAGUUCAUAGCUAAAGACGGCUUCAUUAAAGUUUUUGAAACUGUUUUCUUCAUUUUUUGGCUUAUUACUGUCCCCUUCUACUUCUUCCUACUGUAUUUCCUAAUGCUAGCUCAAAGAAAACGUGUCAACGAUUUAGCAACACCCUUCUUCAGGCUAUGUAUUAGUUCAGGAGUCAUCGAUUUAACUAAUCUCCUGAACAAUUAUCUUUUUGCUGUUUUACCUAAAUGGGGGUGGUUUCGCGGGUUUUAUCUGGCUCUUGGACAGUUCUUCCCAUACUUCUAUCUUUACAUUGCUUGGUCAUUAGGAAUUUGUCAAGCAAUGUCUGUUAGCGUACUGGCGACCAAUCGUCUUUCUGCCAUGAUGUUUCCGGAAACAUAUCACAAAUCCUGGACGGGGAAAAAGCUUUUGAUUGCUUACUUUAUUCAAUUCAGCAUAGGGAUGGCAAUAUCAUUAUCCGUUUUUGCGAGUGAUGUGUAUGUUGAGCAUAGUGAGUCAGGAGGACUUAUUCCAAAAUUCGUUGAGAAAUCGAGAACAAACCUCUUUUUUGGUAUAGGAGGUUUUUUUCUAGGUUUCAAUAGUUUGUAUCUCGUAAUCGCGUACUGUUAUCUAUUCUACAUCUUGAGAAGAAGGCACAACAUUCAAAUAGAAAAAAAAUCGGUGAACAUUGAAAAAGUUCAAUUAAUAGCUCGAAGAAGAGAGACGAGACUCUUCUUCAUGUCAACUUGCAUAGUAUCUGUACAAUUAGUUAUCAUUUUAUUUUUCGUAUCAAAAUUAUUUCCAUAUCUCACACUGACGACAGAACAGUUUUAUAUGUUCUACAACGCUUUGAGUGAUAUAUAUAGUGGUGUUAAUCCAUACCUCUUGGUCAUAUUCAGUGACGCAUUGAGAAAAUAUAUUCUUACCUCAUUGAAAGUCUACAAGAAAAUUCGAAUGGCAACUACAAUUAUUGUUUGA